AUUUAGUGUAAAAAUUAACUUUAUUGGAGCUAUAUCAGUGUAGGUGUGUUGUGAGUCUGGCCUUCUGGUUCUGUGUAAUAAUUAAGACAACGGUAUGAGCCCUGGAAAAGGGAUUACAAAAAUGCACUGCCAAGACUGUUUCCCUUUGCCUGCAGGCUCCGCUAUUUCAUCAGUGCAGAUGCUGCUUCCGUGGAAAGAUAGGAGGAAGUAAAGGCAAUCAGAGAGAGAAGAGCCAGCUCCCAUUUCCCAUUACUCAUAAGACUGAAGAAGCAAUAAAUGAGGUGCAAAAGGGACUUUUCCCCAGGGUGCUAUCCUGCUCCAUGGGCUCCAGCAUGGAGAACUCCCACACGCACAUUACACACCCUUGGGUUGAUUUCGUGCCUGGAACCUGUAAAACUGCUGCUGUUCAAAAGGUAUAUAACCUGUCCUCCAAACACCUUCCCAGUUCAGCUGAGAGGAUCUGGUGGAGAUGAAGACUACUCCUGUUAUCUUGCUGGUUGCUGUCCUGUGUGUGGAGCAAGUUUAUCCGUUUAUGUGCUAUGUGUGCCAAGAACAGGAGUCCAACAAGGACUGUUUAACCAUUUCCAUGUGUGCAAAGCAAGACAAAUAUUGUGUGACUGUCCGUGAUAAUGUUGGAACAAACCCUGACAAGCCUAAGUAUGUAAUCUCUAAGAUGUGUUCUCCAACGUGUCCAGCAACAAGUCAGCAACAAAACCAAGCCUAUCAGAAUGUUUCAUGCUGUGAGAAACCAUUGUGCAAUGUGAAUGGAGGCAGCAGCAAGCAAAGCAGCUAUGGAGUCAUGUUCCUGGGUGUCCUAGCUAGUAUCACUUACAUUUUUGCCUGUGGACGGUGAUGGGUUAGGAAAAGCUCCCUGUGUUGGCAUUAUUGUCUGAAAUAAAAGUGUGUUGCACUGGGAUAAUUACUGCUCUCAAGAGCUCAUGACUUGCAGAUGAGCUUCUGGGAUUUUCAA